AUGCUGGUGCUGCUGGAAGACAUCUGCUGCUCCUGGGAGGAGUCGGUGAGCUGCACGGGCACAGAGGGAAGUUGGACGGGAGAAAGGGGGGACAGGGGAGUUGGCUAUGCUAGGCUAGACAGGUGGGGAGGUGGUUGGGUGAAGGAGGUGGCGGGCAAGGUGGAGGUGGGCAAACUGCAGGUGGACAACCAGCUGCUCACUGCUCGCAAUCCAGUCGUGCUCUCUCGCACCCUGGCCUUCCCAGCGGAGGCGCUCUUCCUGGAGCAGGGCAAGGAGCUGGCGAACCAGGCCUCGCUGGCGGGCAUGCUGAGCGCGGACCCCAAGGAGAAGGAGAAGGCGUUCGUGUCGGUGGAGUUCACGCGCCUGCUGCAGCACCCCUCCAUCAUCUACUACCGCCGCUUCCUCUUCCAGCUCCAGGAGUUCGACCUGGUGUUGGAGGAGGAUUUCGUGGACACUGUGGUGGCGUACCUGCAGCAACUGCCUAUGGACGACCUGUGGCAGGAGAAGGAUAAGCGGGGCGGGGAGGAGGAGGAGGAGAAGAAAGGCGACGAGGAUUUGGUGGAGGACAUGACUGGUGCUCCCAUCACCAGGACUUACCUGGUCAGUGGGGAGCUCACCUUUAAGUCGGAGCAGAUGCUGGAACCCUUAGUGAACCGCAGCAGCUGGGUGGCGGGCAACCAGGGCCUGCGGUGGUACUUUGAGCGCUUCCAGGUGCAGCCCAUGCGCAUCAACGUCACGCUCGUGAUGAACCCCAUCAAGGGCGACGCACCGCCGCCUUCCGGAAGCAGCUCCGAGUGGCACCUCCGGACCACCGCCUCCUCUGCUGGUUUCCCGCUCAUUUCGCUCACCCGAGCUCCGCUGAGACUCAACAGUCUGGUGCUGGACAACGCGUUCCAGAACCAGAGCACGCUGCAGACGUACGUGCUGCGCCACUACGGAGUGCAGCUGCUGCAGGGCCUCCACAAGAUCCUUGGCUCCGUCGAGCUCCUCGGCGCCCCGCUAUCCCUGGUGGACAAUCUCGCCACGGGAGUCAUGGACUUCUUUGUCGAGCCCGCUUCUGCCACCACGCCGGAGGAGUUUCUGAGCGGCGCCAUGAAGGGCACGGUGAGUCUGAUGAAGCACUCAUCGUACGGCGUGCUGCACUCCAUCAGCUCCCUCGCUGGCGGCAUCGGCACCGGCUUCGCCAAGCUCACCUUCGACGACUCCUACAUCCAGAGAGAGUUAGGUAAACCGAAGGGCGAGGCACAUAAAUACCUCUAUUCUUCCAACCCCAAGCCCUCCCCCCAAUCCCUCUUCCCUCUCUCCCACCGCCAACCGCUCUUCCAAAAACACCCCUUCAGGUUCAGCCAGCGGCCGGAGGGAACAUCGCAGCAGGUGCUGCGAGGAGCACAGGACCUGGGGCUGGGCUUCGUAGGGGCAGUCACAGGGCUCGUGCUGCCCCCCCAAUCGUUCCCUGUAGUCACCACGCAGUAUUCCCCUUCCCCUUACCUCCACCCCCGCCCCUCCCCACCAAACACCCCCUUCAGGUUCAGCCAGCGUCCGGAGGGAACAUCGCAGCAGGUGCUGCGAGGAGCACAGGACCUUGGGUUGGGCUUUGUGGGGGCAGUCACAGGGCUCGUGCUGCAGCCGCUGGAGGGCGCACGUAGAGAGGGGGCUGUGGGCGCAGUGAAGGGCAUGGGCAUUGGGGUGGUUGGGCUGGUUACCAAGCCGCUGUCGGGGCUGCUGGGGUUUGCGUCGACGCUGACUGAGAGCGCCGGCACGGGGAUUCGGGCGAUUGGGGGGGAUGUGACGCGGCGGACUGUGCCGCGGAUUCGACUGCCGAGCACGUUUGGGCGGAAUGAUGCCAUCGCGCUGGAGCCAGAGGACAGUGUGGAGCUGAAGCUGGUGCUGGCCAUCCUGGACUUUGGGCGGUACCGUGACGAGCACCUGUUGGACCAUCUGCAGACGUCGGGGCGCAAGGCAGUGCUCUUCACUGUGGUGCGCCUCAUCUUCUACGACUGCCAGCGCAACGUCUUCUACUGGCAGAUCCCCCUCAAAGUGAUGGGCAUGGAGGGGCGGCUGGAGAGCAUUAUCCUGUACGAGGCAGACGUGGUGAUCGCACGGAAGAAGCUCCCUCUGCGCGUGCCCGCACGCAAGGUUAUCAAAACCACCACUCGCGAGCUCCACAUGGCACUCUUAGUUAAGCUCAACCGGCACUUAGCCCGCAUUCGCGCCACACUCCCCUCCUCCUCCUCUCCAUCGACUCCCCGCCACGCAUCCCAUGAGCCUGUUGCUGCCGGCGCUGCAGCUGAUGGGUCACUCUCCUCCUCUCGCCCCCCCUCUGCUACCUCUUCUCCUGCUGUCUCUCCCUCACACUCCCUCCCCUCCCCGCUCCGCCUUGCUCAAUCCCCUGGGAACGUGUCAGAGCUGAGUGCUGGUGGCGGCAAGGCAGCAGGGAAGCUUGGGAAAGCAGCUGCUGCCAGUGUUCGCAGGUCGAGCAGCGGCGGUGGUGGUUCUGAUCAUGUAGCUGGGAGAGCGUUGGCGGGCAACCAGUUUCCGCUCACAAAGAGUUUACCUGCGCAGAACGGGCAGGAGGAGGGGGAGAAGGAUGAGGAAGGGGAUUCUGAAUCGGCUCGUGUGAUGGGUGUGGCAGGAGUUGCUGCUGCAACGGGAGCGACACGGUGGAGGAAGCACGCCCAUGGGAGAGGUGCUGUAGGCGCUGCAGCUGACAAGGGGAAGUCUCCUGUAGACCAGACUCACAGCGGGCCAGCUCCUGUCAGAGCUAAGAAAAGCAGCUUUCGCAGAGGAAAAUCAGGAGGAUUGGGUGGAGGUGACAAGUUGGGGAAGCAUGGUGGUGUGAUAUGGGAAGAUGUGGAUAUGGAGGCAGCACAUGCAGACCAGGACGACAGUGACGAGGAUGAUUAUAGAGAGGAUGGAGAUGGUGUGGCGGCAAGGGUGGCUCAGUUGGAUAGGGAGGAGCGGCAGGAGGUGCGGCGGAAUCUGGAUGCUAUUCUGACGACUUGCCAAGUGGCUAGUGCAAGUGCUGGUGGCCGAUCCGACCCUGCUUCAGCUCUGGUUUCUGUGAAAUUCCUUGCACUUGCGGCGUAUUCGCGCGUACAGUCACAUAGGGCCCACCAGGCCACGCUAGGAGUAACAGCUUCGCGAGGGGUGCGGAGGGGUGAUGAUUCGCAAUGGGAAGAAGACGUGUCGGCAUUGCUUCGCACUAUGGUGGCGUUGACUGAGGGUGCCAUCGUCAUCGCCUUCUGUGGUGCCAUGACCGCGUGUGCCUGCCUCUCGCGAGUCGCGAUCCGUGGAACGACGCAGCUUCCCUCCGUCGCGUGCUGCCCUCGGCGACAGCAGCAACAAUCGCUCUCGCUUUGGAAACACAACGACCAUGCGUUGCUAAGCGUCGCGUGCGAAGGUCGAUGUUGUCGAUUUCAACAUACAAGCGUCGGGGUGUUGGGGUCGUCGAGACGGCAGCGUAGCGGUGCAGUGCGGUGCUCCGCGGCGUCAGCAGAUGAUCCAAGGGCCACGAUUCCUUCCGUCGCGACCGUAUCUGGCGAUAAUGGAUCGCUUAAGAGCACGAGUCAAGCUGGCGCGCAGAGGGCAGCGCGGGAGGAGAGUGAUGACGACGACGUGCUGAUAGAGCUCAAGGACGUGUACAAGUCGUUCGGAAGUAAACACAUCCUCAGAGGCGCAUCGCUCAAGAUCCGGAGGGGCGAGGCGGUGGGGGUGAUAGGUCCGUCUGGCACGGGCAAGUCAACCAUUCUCAAGAUCAUGGCGGGGUUGCUUGCGCCUGACAAGGGCGAGGUGUGGAUAUGCGGCAAGAAGCGAGAGGGGUUGAUCAGCGAUCAGGAGAACGUGGGAUUGCGAAUUGGCCUGGUGUUUCAGAGCGCAGCUCUCUUUGACUCCUUGACCGUGCGAGAGAAUGUGGGCUUCCUGCUAUACGAGCACUCGCGGCUGUCUGAGGAGGAGAUUCGGCUGCGAGUGAAGGACAGCCUCAAGGCAGUGGGGCUCAAGAACGUGGAGGAGCGAUUCCCCUCAGAGCUGUCAGGAGGCAUGAAGAAGCGCGUUGCACUGGCGCGGGCUAUUGUAUCGGACAGCGAUGCACCACAGCUGGAGGAGGAGGUGGUGAUGUAUGAUGAGCCGACCGCUGGGCUAGAUCCGAUUGCGUCCACCGUGGUGGAAGAUUUGAUUCGAUCUCUGCAUGUGGGGUCGUCGGUGCCGGUGCCUGUGACUGCGGAGAUUGCAGCUGGGUUGGAGUCUGAUUUUGAAACUGAGUCUGAGGAUUCUGAGGAUGAAGAGGGAGGAGGGAGAGGGGCGGGCGAUGCUGCGAGUGGGAGCAGCAGGGAUGGUAGCGGCAGCGGUGGUGGCUCCAAGGCUAGCAGAAUGGCAUCAGUGUCGUCGUACAUUGUCGUGACACAUCAGCACAGCACCAUCCGGCGAGCUGUUGACAGGCUGCUGUUUCUGUACGGAGGGGAGGUGGUGUGGGAGGGGCCCACAGAGGAGUUUGACACCACAGACAACCCGAUCGUGAGACAGUUUGCUGUCGGCAGUCUGGAUGGGCCUAUUCGCUACUAG